GGAGAGUUUUGGGGGUAGGGAGUGAGAGAAAGAGAUAGGAAUCACAGAAAGUGAGCAGAAAUCUAGUUUGAGGGGUUGGAAAUAAAAGAGUUAGAGAGAGAGAAAACACAGAAAGUGAGGGAACGAUAGUUUGGGGGUCAGGAAGUGUGAAAAUGACAGGAGCAACAGAAAGAGUGGGGUACAAGAGUUUGGGAAGAAGGGGUUAGAGAGUUAGCGUGAGAGAGAGGAGCCACAGAAAGUAAGGGGAACAAGAGAUUAAGGGGUAGGAACUGAGAGAGAGAGAGAGAGACAGGAAAUCCAGACUGUAAGCGUGACAGAAAGCAGAACAGGGCAUGUUAUAGACUGACAAGACAUGAAGAGAAGAAGGAAGAAGUGACAUGUCACUAGGAGAGGAACUAGGAAGUCUGCGCCUCCUUCCUUCACUAUGAACAUCAACAACAGCCAUGAGGAGCACGGGAUCAGUGAAAAUGAAAAGGACAACUUUGCAGAAUACAUGGAUGAGAAUGGUAUCAUUGGGUUGGGUGAUCAAGGCGACCUGGGACCAGAGGAAGAAAGGAUUCUGGAUUUUGACCAAGAGCUGAUUUUAGGGCUUGAGGAGCAUCUGGUCUCUUACCCAGAAGCUGUAACAGAUGAGGAGCUCUCUGCAACACAAAGCUUGGGACAGUUUAGUUUCUCUCAAAUUGAAGAGACCAAUGACAUUUUGCUGGACAAGGAAGCUUUGACCUCCAGCAACAGUCUUAUGGACAAGCUGGACACAGAUGGACACAGCUUAGAAGAUCACCCAGAUACCUCAGUUUCCUUGCCCCCUCCAACAGACUGGAGGCCCCCAAGUAGAGACCAGCAACUUGAUAUGACAGAAGAUGAACAGGAUGGUGGGACCUCUUUAGACAAAUCGGAUGAAGAUGAGGAAAGCUGGGGUCAUGAACACUCGGACCUUCCUUAUGAUAACAGCCCCAGUCCUGAGAGGUUUAAAGACUACAGUCAAACAUUAAUGGGGGAAGACCAAUGGGAUAGCCCUUCAAUGUCUUCAUGGAAUGAUGCUUACCCCAAAAUCCCAGACCAUGAGGAAGAUGUACCCAGCAUGUUGUCAGUUUCCCCAUCUCCACACCCUAUGUCCAAUCACUGGGGAGCUGGGAUUACCUCACGUAUAGAAGAUGAGACGCUCCCAGAAUCCUCUUGCACAGACAGCGGGGAGGCUUCAAUAGCUACUCCUUCUGGAAAUCGCCAAAGAACAGGCAUCACCCACAUAAAAGCUUUGUCUCCGCCCAACCAUCCACCUUCUUUUGGUGGUACUCCAAAAUCCCACAGCUCUAGCAUUAAGCCCACAAAAUUAUCUGCUGCUCCCAUUUAUGGUCGAGGGCAACUUAAUUACCCCCUGCCUGACUUCUCCAAGGUAGGACCGCGUGUCAGAUUUCCUAAGGAUGACCAGAGUUAUCGACCCCCCCAGCCUAAAAGAUUAGACUUGAAGUUCCAAAAGUCCCCAUCCAUGUUCAAGUCACCAGCAGAAAUUGUGCGCGAGGUCCUGCUGAGCAGCUCGGAGAAGCCCACCCAGGAACAUGCUACCCAGCGCACUGUCCCUACAGAGUUCCAGAGCCCACAGCAAGCCACUGAUUUGGUGCAUCAACUACAGGAGGAUUACCACAAACUCCUCACUAAGUAUGCAGAAGCUGAAAAUACCAUUGACCGCCUUCGUCUGGGAGCCAAAGUGAAUCUGUACUCUGAUCCCCCAAAACCAAGCCACAGCGUCCACAUGGGGACAGUCUUACAGGGUUCCAAAGUCAUGGAAUUCCCCAUUCCUCAAGCGCAAAGGGCAAUAUUUAGCUUUACCAAUGAUGACAACGGAACAACAGAAUGGGCAACAGGGUCUCAGGCUCCAGACAAUCACGCUGCAACCUCCACUGACAUUCAACAAUCUACCCCCUCCCCUUCUUCUUCACCGCUCCACCCAUCAGAAGAUAUAGCGUCCACUCUGUCUUCUCACAUCAGUGAACUAAACCAGGAGGUUUCACUUCUAGAAGAACUGAAAAGAACUGGGAAGUUAAACCUAGAGGAGCAGCAACAGGCACUGUGGGAGCUACGGGGGUCUCUGGACAUGUUAGAACGCAGAUAUCUGAGGGCACGAGAGGAACACCGCUCUGGACAACCCCAUAAGGGCACAUUUCAGGAGCUUGACCCAGAGAGGGCCCUGGAAGGUGCAAUAUUUCAGCUUGGUGUGCAGCUAGAUGAAUUGCAGGAGAGUGUGGGGGACCAAAUAGCCACCCAAGCAGAAGCACAGCAUAAAGAAGAGCCUCUUUCUCCAUCUCCAAUGCCAUCGUCUGUGGCACCCAUUCCAGCUGUCCUAACCCCAUAUCCAGAGCAGAUCUCCCAGUCAGAAGAGCCUGUUGGUCUACUCAGCAUAGGUCCAGAUGCAGUUAACAAAGUGGAGGCUGGCGAGGAGUUGCCCCAGCCUUUGCGCCACAAACAGAUGCAGGUGGAGAAGGAGUAUGACAAUCUUAUUUCCACGUACAACAGCUUCAAAACACUUCCUAAUGCACUGGGAUUAGAGCAGGAUGAGUGGCCAAAAACCCAUCCAGAGGAUUCCAUAACCCAGGGCAACCUGCUAGACAUGCAAUAUCAGGAUCAACUACAAGAGGCCAAACCACAGAUAUUCUCAUUGGAUACCCGGCCCGUACAUAAGUUGCAGGAUAAACAACUUAGAAAACUUUCGCUUGAACCAAAAGGACAGGAUCUUGAAUAUGAAUCCAUAUCUCAAAACCAACGUCCACUCUCCAGGCAAAAAGGCCAUCAGUGGUUAACUGGCCCCCAUGAUUAUCACACUGAUACAAGCUUAAAAACCCAACGGCAACCUUCAAGUCAUAAGAUCCCAAUUCAGCCUUCAGGACAUGAGAACCACAUGCACCGAACCAGGCUUCAGAGCAACAUGAAAGUUGAUGGAACAUCUGACGUUGGGACUCCAAGACAAAGCCAAUCCCAGACAGAGCACCGUAGACUGUCUUAUGACCAAGGUAGCCGGAAGCCUUCUCCUGAUGGUGGAAGACAGUCACCAAGCAAGAGGGUCCCUCCAAGCCCAAAGGUCAUCCAGACAUGUGUUCCUCGGGGUUCUCCUUCUUUGUCUCGAUUAAGUGAAGAGUCUCCCAGAAGCUCAACACAUCAACCAUCCAUCAAUGGAGAGAAUGCUCAAAGUGCACAUUCCCACAGAUGCAGCAUUAGCAGCAAAAGUGCAAGUUCUUCUGUCAAAGGAGAGACGACAAGGCAUAAAAAUAACUCUGUACAGGGCAGGAUUAUAUCCCCAGAGACAGAUAGUGGUUUCCUUGGAUCAGAGAGUGGCCGCUCUCCCAUACUACAAAGGCAAAGAAACCUGAUAAGCCACCACGGUACGGUGCCAGCAGAAUUGCCAACCUCAUCCAACAGCUAUCCUGGGCGAUCUAGAAUGGGGGAAUUAUCCAGGCCGCGCAAAGCAUUCCGGGAAAAGAAGCAGCAGAAUGGGCAUGGUGCUGUGCCAUCGCAGCCCAGUUCCCCAUCCCCAGGGCCCAACAGCCUAACAGAGAGUGAAAACCAAGAGCAGAGCCAAAUCAGUGAAUCUGACUCAGAAAAAGGUGGGAGCAGUGAUGCAAUGAUAAGCGAUCCUUACUUCGGUGCCCCCUUCCUCCUCUCUCCAAUUAGGAAGUGUUCCCAGCCUCAUGGAAACUUCUUGGAGAAUCGGACGGCCAGAGACCAAGCCAUCCAGGAUUUGCAGAAGGAGGUGGUACAACUUAGAAAGCAUUUAGAAAGCAGCCUGAACUGCACCCCAACUCAAGGAAAAGCCAAUGAAGCUCCGCGUUUUGCCACCUCAAUAAAUCCACAAGAAGAGAGAGUCGAACAUUUUGAACCUGCACAGUUUUCUUCUUUCUAUGAUAGGAGGCCCACUCUUGAGCAAUCAAAAGCCGAUACAACUCAUAGGAAGUCAAAUGCAAUAAAGAGUGAGCCAGUUCUCCGGCCAGCGUGGACCGAAAAAGUAGUCCAUGGAGCCUAUACAGGAAACUCAUACACUUGUCCAGAAGGUAGAUGCAACCACUGCAGGGAGCGGGUCACCACUCAACCCCGCGAGCACAUGCCGAGUGUCAGGAGAAGCACCCCUGUCCCUUCAGUGCAUACUGAUGAAGGGGGCACAAGCUCUCCAGAGCAUCUUUCCUGUCCUUUGUGCCAUGGCUGUGGGGACUCUCCUGCCACCCAGAGGAACGGAAAUCGCACAACUAAGCGUGGGCGGAGAUCUCUGAUGGGUCCACAUGGGGGACAGUGGGUCUUCAACCAGACACCCCCACUAAGCUAUAUACAGACUCCAUUCAUCUCAUAUAGCCCCCCAGUCAUCCCUUCUCCCUACCUCAUGGUUCCUGCUGGAUACAGUGUGGCAGAACUGCAUAACCCAAAUCCUGUCACCCCACACCCAGCGCCAGGCACUUUGGAGUUAGAAGAUCUCAGCUUGCCCCUGAACCGGGCGUUAGAAGCAGCCAAGGAACUAAAAAUGACCAGCAAAAGAAUGUGCCGGUCUCUGACUUCUGAUCUGAGCCUCCAAUACACGCUACGCCGCUCUUGCCUUUUCUAGUAUAAAUUGGGAGCGCAAUCCUGCCAAGGUUGUGAGAGCACCCCAAAAAUGAAUGGGUUAGUUGCCUCCCAUUAAAUAGCUGUAAGAGGCAGUUAGGGAAUUAUGUGCUGCCAACACAGUUUACCUCUAGUACUUGAAACGCUGGUAGGCAGGAUUUUCAUUGGUAAAUAUUCUUGCAUAGGACCACUGACUUUAUUGGGGCUAUGGGUGCAGUGACACAGUGUUAGAUUCCCCUUUAACAAUAUGGCUAAGGCUAACACUAAUAGGGUUUCACUAUUGUUUCUAAUAACUUAGCACCUGCUUUUGAUCAGAAUAUGUGAAUGUGGUUAACGUGAUCAGAGCAAUCAUGGCUGCUCCUUUCCAUAUGCAUGAACCCAAAUAUGUAGAUAAGGCUCCCUGUGCCAAUCUCGUUGCCCUAAUGACUGUUCAUAACCACUGUAGUGGGUCCUUUGCAAGCCUCAAACUAUUCCCAGAGAGAGUGUGAGGUUCCCACUGGGCCCAAGCAUAAAAAUGCAUUCGUGUUCUGGCUCCUCUUAAAUUCCGAGGCCCCCCCACAGCCGAAGAUUUACAGAAGUGAAUGUAAACCUUCCUUAUUAAUAUCUAGACAUUUCUAUUCCCGUACCAAAGGGAAACUGAUGUUUGCUGAAAGUACCUAUUUAUUUCUAUGAUUCCUGUUUGUUAUCAAUGUGAAAAUCCAAGUAGAAAAGGGUUACAUUUUGUACUGUAAAUAAGGCGUUUUUCUACCAUAGAUAUUUUUGUAUCCCAUUUCGGUACAAAAGGAAUAUUGUAUGUUCUAUUUAUUAAAGCGUGUGUGAUUGUGAUGCGUGUAGCAGUGUGAGGCCAUAAGAACAUAAUCACUUACCCUAAAAUUGCAUUCUGUGUAUCCUUCCUCUGCAUUGCACUUUGACAAAUGGUAUCUAAACCAUAAUGCACUAUUCAGAGUAAGAUGAAAAAACAUAGGUUUUAGUUCCCCUUUAACUUUUUCUUCCCAUAAAUUGGUUUAGAAUUUUUUUUAGAUGUUAAAUCUAUUUUAGUGUUGUAAUCAACGUUUUUUUUUUUUUUUUUUUUUAAAUUGUGUGAAUUUCCCAUAGCCUAAUAAAUAUGCAUUUGGUUUUAUACUGUUUAAUGACACAUAAGCUGUAUAAUUUGUAUUAUAUAUUUACUUAAGUCUUAAGGCAGCUAAAUACGAGCAGGCCUGAAGCCUGUAGAUAAAUUACUAGUAUGUAACUUGUUGAUUCUUUUUUAAAUCUUAAACAGAUUCCUUAACCUUAGAAUAUUAAAAGUGUGAACCAAUGGUAUAACUUUAAUGUGCUGGGCCCCUGCUGCAGAAACAUUUUUGGGCCCCCUUCCUUUCCAUAACCACAAGGGAAUGCAGGGAGAGAGGGUGUUGGGGAUGUUGGGGAUUUGUUUACUUUAUGGGCACCCCCCCUGCUGGUAGGUAGUUACACCUGGUUAAGCUGGUGAGAAUACUGUGAGCAAGCAUUCCUUUUUGUGUUUUACAUGAUUUCUAAUUUUAUAAAAGGUACAUUUAUAGAAAUCUAUUUUUUACUCAAUAAAGCUAUUUUAUGAAACCAAAAACA